CUAUGGUUGAGACAGUUAUUUUGCUUUCUAGAUGGAAGGUGAAGCUUAUGAUGUUGAUGUAUAAGCAAAGUUUUAUGUUCUAACAUGAAUACUUUUUGUUGCAAUUCAUUGGUUCUCUCAUGUUCAGCAAUACGUAUUGUUUUCCUUUGUUUUCUGAUCUGCCAUGUGAAAGGUCAAGAACAUCGAGAGAUACCAUUAACCUGCACCUCCAACUGGACCCAGUAUGACAAGAAUUGCUACCGACUGUACACGUCGGUAAAAGAUUGGAUUGACGCCUAUAGGUAUUGUCAACUCGAAGAUAGUAUUUUGGUGGACAUUGCCUCUGAGAGUGAACAAAAUUUCUUGCAAGAUUUCGUCAAUGGAACGGAUGUUUGGAUAGGUGCCUCUGAUAUCUUCAUAAAUGGCCAGUGGUUGUGGUAUGGCAGUCACCAAUCCUGGAAUUACACUAACUGGAAUACUAAAGAACCAGAUAACCAGGGCAAUGUUGAACACUGUAUUAUCAUAAACAAUCAAGGAAAAUGGAGUGACCGUGACUGUAGCCAAGAGAGAGCAUUUGUCUGUAAAAAGAGAACUUUCCUGUCCUUCUGUGACUCUUCCUGGGCCGUGAAAGACGGACAUUGUUACAAACACUUCACAUCUCAACUGACAUGGAACAACGCCAUGAAAGAUUGUCAGGCCAACACAGCCGUUCUCGUUAGCAUAAAAAACUCUGCUGAACACUCUUUCGUAAACGGACUGUACAAUAGGGCUGACUUUUGGAUCGGAGGAUUUGAUAGACACAGAGAAGGCACGUGGGCUUGGUCUGGAACAACAAUGUUGUGGAGUUCCACCUUCUGGUUGAGAUAUCAGCCUAACAAUUCCAAAAACCAAGACUGUCUAACAGCUUACAUAGGAUCUGGUCUGUGGAAUGAUCUCGGAUGUAACGAAAAAAGAACGUAUAUGUGUCAAAGAAAUACUUUUCACUUAGACAAGGAUCCCGUUUUAACCUUCGAAGUCAAUGAAACUACUCAAGAAACAAGCCUCCUCUGUGACUUUGAUACCAAUUUCACUGAUAUUGAAUUCCUCGUAAAUUGGUACUAUAAUUCUGACAUGAUAAAAGAGGAAAAAGUGACGAUAAGCAAAACAGAGAGCUUGUUGGAAGAAACGCACAUUCCUCUUCUUCUCUUUAGAGACCAGAUUGGAUGUACCGUCACUCCCUGUAUGCCUGGAAACUGCUCUGGCUUCAGAGGUUCGCUGAGAAACAGUAAUAUUAUCAUUGCAAAAGUACAGGUGGAAAGUGGCACGCAAAUAACUGUCCAUGAAAGGUCAGGGCCUGCCACCAUAAACGUCACCAGUACAAUCCCUCCUAGAUUGUUUUGUUAUAAAGAACUGAGGGCUAAUGCAUGCAAAGUGGAAAUCACUACUGAGCUUGUCAAGGGACGGGAAUUUAAAUGUAGGGGUUUUCCUGUAAGCCAAGCUGUCUUUGGUAUAGACAAUCUACACACAAAACCAUGUUCUCAUAUGAUCAACAAGGACAACUGGCAAUCUGGAGUUUUAAUAUCCGUCAAAGCUUCCAUAGACAGUUUGAGGGAUAGAGACCAAAGGCGAAAUAUCCGUUUAUCUCUCAAAACCCCGAAUGAAACCAGGGAAAUCUCCACUGUACAGGUGACAGUCAUUGAUGGAGAUAAAGUAGCAUUAUGUUCUUCAAUAAACGACCCCCAUAUGACAACAUUCGAUAAAAAAUAUUACGACGUCUACCUUGAGGGAGAAUUCAUUCUGUACAGACACAGAACCUUGCCUUAUGAGGUACGAACGUUUUAUCGCCGUUGUAAUAGGGUUGCAGCCUGCAAUUGUGCUGUGGCGAUUCGGUCCGGAGAUGACGUCAUUUUAUUUGACGUUUGUGGUCCUUCAAUGGGAAAGUCUUCCAGACGUACACGAUACACCAUGAAGAUGUAUCUGAAUGGAGAUUUGACUCCAGGGACUGAUGUCAUUCGGAAGGGAGGAGGAAAAACAUAUGAG